CAAUACUUUUAUAUUACUAGUACUUAUGUAAAGAAAUUUAUGAUGCCUCAAACAAAGUAUAAAUAUUUUAAUAAGAAAAUAAAAAUGAUGUUGUUGCUUUUAAUAUUAAUGUGGUCAUUAAUGGGGCAACAUGUUUAUGGUAAAUCAUCAUCAUAUGAUAUUGGUAUUGUAAAUACGGCUGCUGAUGCUGCUAACAGUGCUACUGCUGAUGUUGCGGCAGAUGAUUCUGUUUAUGAUACUAAUGGCAUCAGGGACAUGAUACAAGAAAAUAUUGCAAAAAUAAAAACAACAAAAACAAAGGAUGCAAAGAAAGAAACAUCAGAAGCAACAUCAACAACCACUGAAAAUAAAGGCAAGAAUAACAAUACCGCCACGAUUUAUGACCGUAUUAAUGAAAACGAUAAUAAUUCCAAUAAAUUGCCACAAAAUGUAGCAAAAAGAGAAGACCAACAACAGUCAAAUAUGAUGUAUAUGAACAUGAAAAUGCCAGCGCCAUUGCCAUCGCCAUCAUCAGCAUCAUCAUCAUCAUCAAUAUCAACAACAACAACUACUACGUCUGUAACGGCAACAACAAUACCACCAACAGAGUCACUACUGAUGCCAAAAGAUCAAUUAAAUAAAACAGAGUCUGAAAUCCCAAAGAGCAAUGAGAAAGACAAUAAUAACAAAAACAGCAACAAUGAAACAGAAAAUAAAAACAAACCGGAAGAGAGCAUAGAAUCGAAAAUGUCAACGUUAAAAGUUAAUGAUACGAGUAACAGCAACGAAUCUGCUGCCAACAGUGGCAAUAAAGUUUCAAAGAACAACAAUAUUAAUAAUGAAACAGCAACGUCGGAAUCAAACAACCUGAAUGAAACUGAUUCAAAUAACCAGAAUAAAAUUGAUGAUGGUGAGAAGAAUGAUAAAAAUGAAGCUGACCCUGAAAUCGAUAAUGAAAACUCAAAUGGACAGUUUGAUACAUUCGAUUCAACUGCUCAGGCACAGCAAAUGUUUAUAACACAGUUUGCUUUAAAAUUUAAACAAAUACCACGAGUGACAUUUUUCACUUGCAAAGAACCAGCAGAAACAACAGACCAAUCAAAUGAGCAACAAUCAAAAACAAAUAAUUUUAGUUAUAAAAGACAUACUCAUAUGAAUUUGGAAAUGGUGAAAUUUGUACGUCGCAUGUAUACGUUUGAUGAAGACAACAAUGAAUCGUCUCCCAAUAACGUGCCAAAUUCUCCAAGUAUAAUGAUGAACGUUGUUUUAAUUGAUCAUUUACUAAAUAAAAAUCGUGCUAGUACGAGUAGUUCUGUUUCACGUGUUGGGUUUGGUAGAGCUAGUUCUUUUGGUGCGGCUGCUGCAAGUGGUCCGGCUACACGUAAUGCUUUCACUAAUGCUAAUUGGCUGGAACAGAUACUAAAGCCAGAAGCUUUUUGUCAAAUUGUGGUCUUGGAUUUGGCCUGCGGAGGAGCUAGUCGUCGUCUUUUGGAAAUGGCCUCAAAUAAGGCUUUUUUUAACUCAAUGUAUCACUGGUUGUUGUUGGAGGAUUAUGUAUUUAAUCGACAAACUGAAAUCGAUGAUGCGGAUGAUGAUGAUAUAGAAAGCAAGAUGAACAAUUAUAGUACAGAAGCAAAUACCAAGAAGAGCUCUAAGGAGGAAAUUGUCAACGACAGCAAUGCUACAAUUCUACAAGUUAAAAAAUUAUCCACAUACCCAUCGGAUGUUAUUGGCGCCUCCACAUCCGGUUUUGGCUUACAAAACAAAGUCACACCAACAACCACUUUAUCCUCAUCCUCAUCAACAUCGACAACAAAGACUGUUGCUGGUGGUGGUGGUAUUCGCCAGAAACAGCGUAUCGUUGUAGACGAUAAGUCGUCAGCUUCUUCGAAUGCCAGUCGUACUGCUGGGGUAACAGAUGAGGAUGACAUAGAGAUUAUUGAAAAGUUCCUAGAAAAACUCAACAUCAAUAUAAAUACAGAGUUAAUAUUGGCAAAACGACGUAUGCGUGCUCUUGCCACCACUUCAUAUCCCUCAGACGCCACACCAGCACCACCUUCUCUAACAAAUUCUACAUUAACGGAGUCGGAUGAUUAUAAUACACUUCAAAAGAUGGAUUACUACUUGUUAUACGAUGUUUGGAAUCCAGGUCUACAGUAUGGCGGCGAAAUGAAUAUGACAGAAAUUGGUUAUUUUUCUCGAAAUAAAGGAUUUCAAGUGGCUCAUUGGUAUAAGACUACUACGACUAUAAUGAGAAGAAUCAAUAUGGAUUUGGCUAAAGUGCGUUGCUUAGUAGUGAUAACACAUAAAAAUCGUUCCGAUACUUUGGAAGAAUAUUUAACAUCACACUAUGAUACACAUUUGGAUUCAAUGAAUCGUUUUAAUUUUGCUUUACUAUCACAUGUCAGAGAAUUAUUUAAUUUCAGUUUCAUUUUGUCGAAGACCGCCACCUGGGGUUAUUUAAAGAAUGGCAAAUUUGAUGGCAUGAUUGGUGCUUUAGUGCGCAAGCAGGCGGAUAUUGGGGGAUCACCGAUUUUCUUUCGUAUCGAACGUGCCAAAGUGAUUGAUUAUACAUCGAGAACAUGGGUGGCCAGGCCUUGCUUUAUAUUUCGUCAUCCGAGAAGUACAAAAAAGGAUCGUAUUGUUUUCCUGCAGCCUUUUUCCAAUGAUGUUUGGGUAUUUCUGGCCGUAUGUGGUUUUAUAACAAUUUUUUUACUGUGGGUUUUAACAAGUUUGGAACGUAAAUUUGAUCCGGAUGAGUUUGAGGCCAAUACGGGUACCGAUAUGAAAGCCUUCGAAAGACUAAUGAGUGCUGCUAUGGAGGAUAGAAGGGAGAACAAAGAAAUGGUGUCAGUUAAGGGUGGAGGUUUUAAAAAAUGGUUUGUACGUUGGGGUGGUUUGUUUUGUGGUCAAAAUGCGGUUGACGAUAAGUCCAGAAGACGUGUGGGUUUAUUUUUUGAAUCUUUGCUGUUUUAUAUUGGUUCUAUAUGUCAACAGGGUCUAUCAUUUUCCACGUUUUUCUUUUCGGGUCGUUGUAUUGUUAUUACCUCUUUGUUUUUUUCCUUUUCGAUUUAUCAAUUUUAUUCGGCCAGUAUUGUGGGCACUUUGCUAAUGGAGAAACCCAAAACUAUACGCACCUUAAAAGAUCUUAUACACAGUAAUUUGGAGAUUGGCGUUGAGGAUAUUGUCUAUAAUAGGGAUUAUUUUUUGCGUACUAAAGAUCCUGAUGCCCAGGAAUUGUAUGCCAAAAAAGUUACCAGUGUACCGACUACUGGAGAUACAGGUUUUGUUGAUGGUCCACCGGAUAACUUUGUUUUGCCUACACAAAUGACUGAAAUGACAGAUGCCCAAAAGGCUAAAGCUUAUCGUGAUAUCUUGCAUAGUCAUGAGACGGGUGCUCAUGCCAAAACUAAUGAAGCCUCGAACUGGUAUGAUCCCGAUUUUGGUGUGGCCAAAAUAAAAAAGGGACGUUUUGCUUUUCAUGUGGAUGUGGCUACGGCUUACAAGAUCAUUGCCGAUACCUUUAGCGAAAAGGAGAUAUGUGAUUUAACUGAAAUACAAUUAUUUCCACCUCAAAAAAUGGUCAGCAUAGUGCAGAAGGGUUCACCUCUAAGAAAAGUUAUAACUUAUGGCUUGCGACGUGUUACUGAAGUGGGACUAACCGAUUAUCAACGUAAAGUUUGGCACUCACCCAAACCACGUUGUGUUAAACAAUUGCAUACCGAUGAUUUAAGGGUUGAUAUGCAAACAUUUACAUCAGCACUGUUGGUUCUUAUCUUUGGUUAUGCAGUCAGUCUGUUGAUUUUAAGUUUAGAGAUUGUGCACUUUAAACUGUGGAAACGAUAUACGACAACAUAAAUAACAAGGAUGUCACAUCGUUAUAGUCAUCGUCGUCAUCAUCAUCAUCAUUGGUGGUGGCAUUAUUAAGAGCCAAAUAAACUUGUGCUCAUAACGUAUGUUUUUGACAGUAAUUUGCAUGUUUUUAAGCUUAACAUUAUUAAAUAGUAUUAGUUACAAACAUACACACUCAUAAAUGUCUUGAGUUUUAAAUGCACUUGGAUACAUAUUAAGACUUUUAGCUUUGUUGAAUUCAA